CAGAAUUUCGUACGUGUAGUCGCACGCAUUGCCGUUUCGGCCCACCGAUCCAAGCCUCCUCCUCCUCUCCUAUUUACCCCAUUUGCGCACCGGAAGCUCCAAGAAAAGUGAAAAUCUUCAAUCCGCUCAGUGAGCUUCCGGCUUCUGCAAUCUUCCUAUGUUGCCUUGUCCGUUGAACAUCCGAGGAGCGUCAUCUAGCGGAGACUUCUCUAUGUUUGCCUGAAAUCUGCAAUCUUGCGGACCUCCUCCGGGAGGGAGAGAGAGAGAGAGAGAGGUUCCGAAACUCAUGGCGUCGGAGGCACUGAGCAGGAAGGUGUGGAGCACCGGCCGCCUGAGGCGGUUGGAGGGUGGAGUAACCGUUAAAAGUGGAGACGAACGUCGCUUGGGCGCUUGCAAUUCGGUCCUCUCUCGGGCAAAUGCAAGUGAGGAAGGGACGCGUGCAGCUCCGCCUUCUUCUCCGAGAACGAGCUCGCUCGCUCGGUCGGGAGAGAGCGCGAUUGGGUUUGGAUGGACUCGACAUUUGCGGGCUAGAGGCGGUGGCGGAGGCGGUAGCGUGAUUGGGAAUAACCCGUGGGGUCGGAAGAACAUCACUGGCAAGGAGUAUUUGUAUAGAACUUUUGCAACAUCAGGAGCUGGUCAAUGUUUUGGGCAUCAAAUUGUCGAUGCGCUACGUUUGGGUGACAGAACCAGAGCUUCCAAUCUUCUUUCAUAUCUUGGCUAUGGGAACCAAUCAAUAGAGGCCGAUGAUGUAGUUCAUAUCCUUGAUUACUGUGCCAGAUCGUCAGACGCUUCGUUUGCCAUGGAAACUUGGAAAUUGAUAAAUGAGAAGAAGAUCGGCAUGGGUGAAAGAUGCCACAUUCUUACUUUGCAGGCACUUUGUAAAGCUGGUUGCUUGACAGUGGGACUUAAUUUACUAUCUAAUCUUGGAGAAAAUCAUCGUGUGGCUCAUUUAUUGGAGGUGUAUAAUUAUUUCCUGAGGGCCUGUGUUGAUGUGCGAAGUGAACUAUAUGCUAAUUGCUUAGAUCUGAUGGAGUGCCGGCUUGUGGGGAAGAAUGAAGCAACUUAUUUGGAACUCCUUGAGAUUGCUGUGUGGAAGCAAAAUCUUUUUGCAGUGCAUCAUAUUUGGAAGGACUAUAGCAAGCACUACAAUUUUUGCCUUACAUCAUUAAGGAAGUUUAUUUGGUCUUUUACAAGGUUGAGAGAUCUAAAAUCUGCGUAUGAAAGUCUGCAACUUAUGGUGGCUUUGGCUACAGAAGGUACUUUAUCUAAUAGAUAUGCAGAGAGAGCUUCACAUUCUCCAAAGCUAGAUAUUCCAAUACCGGCCAUGAGUGAACUACGGUUGGAGAGAUUUGACAAGGAUGACACUGAACAUAUAUGUCACAAAGAGGAUGGUCUUGCCCUUAAUAUGGGGCAAAGCACUACUUGUGGUCCUAGAAAAGAAGUUAUGUGUGUUGGAACUGACACACCAAAUCCUAAAUAUCUUGCACUUAGGAAUGUGCUGAGCCGAUCAUUCACAGAUGUGAUAUGUACCUGUGCACUGACAAGCAACCAUAGCUUGGCAGAGCAGUUAUUUCAACAGAUGCAAAACCUAGGGUUGCAACCAUCCAGUCGUACAUACGAUGGAUUUAUCAGAGCAAUUGUUACCGAGAGAGGUUUCUCUGAUGGUUUGGAACUGUUGAAAAUAAUGCAAAAGCAGAAACUGGGGCCAUUUGACUCGACUCUAGCAGCCAUUUCAGUGAAGUGCAGUGAAGCCUUGGAACUGGAUUUUGCUGAGGCUCUAUUGGUUCAAAUUUCUGAAUGUCCGCAUCCCUAUCCUUUUAAUGUUUUCCUUGCAGCAUGUAAUGCAGUGGAUCAACCUGAGCGGGCAGUUCGUGUAUUGGCAAAAAUGAAACAAAUACAACUUCAACCAAAUAUCCAGACGUAUGAGCUGCUGUUUUCCUUAUUUGGUACUGUGAAUGCUCCAUAUGAAGAGGGAAAUAUGUUGUCCCAGGUAGAAGCUGCAAAAAGGAUAGAAACUAUAGAAAUGGAUAUGGCCAGAAAUGGAGUUGACCAUAGCCUUAUCUCAUUAAAAAAUCUGCUGGCAGCUCUAGGACAAGAGGGAAUGAUAGAAAAGAUGCUACGUGUGGUAGAAACCCGUUUCCUUUGUAGUGGGACUUAUGUGGAAGCACCAUUAUUCAACGUAGUGUUGCACUCCUUGGUUGCGGCUAAAGAAAACCGCAAAGCAGUGGACAUUUUUAAGAAUAUGAAGCAGCGUGGUUUUUCACCUGAUCAUGCAACGUACUGUAUAAUGAUCGAUUGUUGUAGCAUUAUACAAUGUUACAGAUCUGCUUGUUCACUUGUUUCCAUGAUGAUUCGUGAUGGAUUUUACCCUGGAAUAAUGACUUACACAGCCCUUAUAAAGGUUUUGCUGGUCUGUGAAAAUUACGAUGAAGCUUUAAAUAUUCUUGAUCAAGCCAAAGAAGAAAGGAUUCAAUUUGAUCUCCUAUUAUUCAACACAUUUCUUCUGAAAGCUUGUGAAAUGGGGAGACUUGACGUACUUGAGCAUAUUAUUGAGCAGAUACAUCAAGAGAAAAUUCAGCCUGACCCAUCAUCCUGCUGCUAUGUCUACAAUGCAUAUGUGAACAAUGGAUUUUACAGCACGGCCAUUGAGGCCUUGCGGGUAUUGAGCAUGCGAAUGAUUUGUCAAGCGGAUAACCCUCUCCAAGAAACGAGGGCUGAAUAUGAGGAUUUUAUCUUCAGCGAAGACCCCAAUGCUGAGUCUUAUUUAACUCACUUCUUUGAAGAUAAUCAGGAUGAUCUUGCCUUUGCCUUGUUGAACUUGAGAUGGUGUGCCAUUGAAGGGAUGCCAAUCGAUUGGUUACCUGAGCAAAGCCCCUGGGCUCAAAGGCUUGCGAGAUGUACACAAGAAUGAUAUUUUGGCUGCUCAGUUUCAUGAGUUCUCAAAUUUGUUUCCGGUGGUAUGACUACUUGGGCAGAAAGAUGGGAGCCUUCUAACGAAUCACCCUGGUUCUUUCAGCAAAUUUUCUUGGUUCUCAUAUUCGUUGUCAAGCUACCCUUUAAUACAACUGAAUCCUCCUGGUACUUCAGCACUGUCUGCAGCCAACUGUUGUGCACCUUCCCUGGAUAUAAAUUGGAUUACGGCUAGGAAUGGGUUACGGUCAUGUCGCCAUGGGUUUGAAAAUUGGAUAUGAUGGAAAUGAAGUCGGAAAGGAGCCUCUUGAAAUCACAAGUAUUCCUGUACUUGAAGAUUCAUAUCAUCUUGGCUGUGUGAAGGACUUGUUCGGGACUGUCCGCGAAUUACCCACAGUUCCCACAGAUCUUUUUCCAAGGGCAGGAGGAUUUUGUAAAAUUGUGCCAUCAUUUAUAGUUCUUCCUUUGGUUGCCCAAGUUCCAUGCAACAUUGCAUGAAACUUGAGGGUUUUGCACCCAUUAGCAAUAAAUGUAUCAGGUUCGAUGUUUGAUCGAUGAAGGCUGUGUUAGAAGAGAACUUCUCAUAAUUUUUUCCAAUGAAUGAAUAAAAAUACAUUCAGUUCCGCUGGUCAA